UUAUUAUUAUUAUUGGGAGGUUCUCGUGUGUGAAUCCCAUCAUCCGCUUCUUCGUCCUCAAAAGCGAAACAAUCCCACAGGCAAAACAAAAUCGUCUUCUCCCUCGAUUAGGGUUUCCGUUUCUCCACCGUCUCGCCAACACACUUCUUUCGAUUGGCCGGGGUUUCAAUGCCUGCGUGUUCAUCUGGGGGAUUUGUCACCGAGAACCCUAGACACUCCCAAUUUCGCCUCCGAUUCUUGCUUUACUUCGAGUGUUAGAAUCGCUUCUUCUUCUUCUUUCCAGUUUAGUUUUACCGUCUUCUUGAUGGCUCCCAACCGCAGGAAAGGCGGUGGUAAGGCUGCCGCCGUAGCUGCCGCCUGCCGACAGUGGAAGGUGGGCGACCUUGUGCUCGCCAAAGUUAAAGGUUUUCCUGCGUGGCCUGCCGCGGUUAGUGAGCCGGAAAAGUGGGGAUAUACAACUGAUUGGAAGAAAGUGUUGGUUCACUUUUUUGGAACACAACAGAUAGCUUUCUGCAAUCCUGCUGAUGUUGAAGCUUUUACAGAGGAGAAGAAGCAAUCACUUUUGACAAAACGACAUGCAAAAGGGUCAGAUUUUGUUCGUGCUGUAAAGGAGAUUACUGAAAGUUAUGAGAAGCUUAAGCAGCUAGAGCAAGCUGGUGAUCCAAAAUCUUCUGAAGAAGCCACUCUUGGGAGUGCUGAGAAUACUACACUGCUGCCUCAGGUCAUUGAAACUCCAACUGGGACAAGUCUAACACAAAUGAAGUCUGAUCCUAGUCAUGGUAGAGAUGAAUCUCUGCCAAAUGAGGAUGCUUCGGCUGCUGAACAAAUGCUAGCCCUGCGUGAUGACAGUGUACUACGUAACGAAGCCUGUGAUAGUGCAGUUGCUAAAGAACCACGUAAGAUAGCAACAUAUUCUUCAAGGAGAAGAAAUGGAGGGGCACGAUCUCAGAAUUGUGCUCCCCCAAAAACACAAAAAACAACUUGUUCGGUUCAGCACUCUAAAAGUUCAUCAAGGUUGCAAACAUAUAAGCUUCAAAGCUCCAUGUUGCAAUUCAGCGAUGGUGGGCAGAGUAUAAAUGACGUGGAAGAUGGAGCAUUAAGAAGGAGAAAAAGGAUCAGAAGAUUAUCAGGUCAUUCUGAAUCAGAUGAUGUGGCUUCAUCAGCUUUAAAUUCAAAUGGAAGUGACGAAGAAAAUGCCUCUGAAAUUGCGACAGUUGAAUCUGAUAAUAAUACUUGGAAUGAAGGCAAUGGUCUAGAUUCUGGUUCCAAAGUCGAGCAAAUUGAUAUUGGUGGAGAGUUUCUCGAAGGAGAUUAUGAGCUCAACAAGGGGCUUAACUUCCAAAUUAAUACCAUGGUUAAGAGAAGGAAGAGAAAGCCGACCAGGAAACGUGGUACUAGUGAUCUUGUUGAUCAUACGUCUAAAGUUGAGGCAGAAGCAGGUCUUGAGGCUGGAGCUGGUGAUAAUGUUCGAACAUCACAAAAUUCUCAUGAAAGGUUUACUGAGAGGCCUUGUGAAGAAAAUGGGGAUGAGCACUUACCUCUGUUGAAACGAGCCAGAGUCAGGAUGAGUAGAGCAUUUUUAGGUAAUCAUGAGGUUAAUGGCUCUUCGCAGGUUGAAGAAAGAUCACCUAAGGACACUCUGGUCAGUGCAAUAGCACAGACAAGCCCUACUGAUAUAAUUUCUAUUCAAGAUACUAUCGCAGUCGAAGAAUCUAGAUUUUUAGCUAAGCUCUCAGGUGACAUGGUUAAUGUAGUUCCGUCUCCAUCUGAGGCUUGCGUUCAGACUGUGGGAGAGAGUGAAUAUGCUAUGGGGUGGAAUGAACUUAGUAAGGCACCAGAUGAAUCUAAUCAAGUUAGCAGUUUGCCAGCUGGCGAAGCUCAGACAGCUAGUGUCCCUGAAACUAUAUGCUCCGGGGUUUUACAACCAAUGAAGCUGCCAACUAGUGAGUCUGAUCUUCCGGUCGUACAGUGCUAUCAAGUUACUAAAAUUGAAACCUCCUUGGAUCCCAAUACUGUGGAUUCAUCUGCUGACAAGGCCUCUGUGAUAUGCUCAUCCAGUAUACCUUCUCAAUUAUCUGGUCAGGACAGAAGCCAGGACCUAGAUGCUUGUGACUCAUUGGAAAAUUCUCGUGAAAAUCUGAAUGAAGAAGGCAAUAAUGAUGCUUGUGUGGCGCAGGUUGUUCAAUCUAAAGGUGUAGAGCAUUCUCCAUCGCCUUGUUUAAUGGUGAUUGAGCAGGAGAUUGAGAAGCUGCAAAAGACUGAUAACAUGCUGCUGAAAGAAGAGCAUGGAUGUCUGGGUGAAGAAUAUGCUAUUGCCAAUCCAGCUCAACCAAAUCCACCCAUCUCCGCUACUGAAAGUGAUGUGAUAGUUGAUGAAAAUGUACCUCUGAAUGAAACAGGGUGUAGCAAAUGUGAGGACGCUGUUGAGGGCAGUCAGCAGGAGAACAUGAUUGGCGAGACUGAUGAACAGAAGCAACAGGUCCAAGCGAACAAUUCUGUCUCAGUAUCUGAGAACCUUUCACGUGAACAAAUGAGUUUAUCUCCUGCUAAUAUCGCAGACACUCCUGCGAUGGGCACUCCACAUAGCAACUCAGUUUAUUACCACAUUUCUACCGCAGAAAGUGCAAAUGAUAUACAGAACAACAGUAGUUGCAGCCCAAAUGUUCAAUCUGGUGAGAAGAAAAUUGUUUCCGAUGCCAUUGUCAACGAAGAGAAAAUUGAAACAGGUGUAUGUCAGGGACAGAAAGUUGUUAGUUGUGAUGUGCAAUCCACUAGUGAAUCUUUUGAGGAUGCACUUAACUCAUUGGUGCGGACAAAGGAGAGUAUUGGCCGAGCAACUCGUUUGGCUAUGGACUUGAUGAAAUUUGGUGUGUCUGCAAAGGCUAUGGAGAUUUUGGCUCAUACUUUGGAAAGUGAGUCUAACUUAAAGAGGAGGGUGGACUUAUUUUUCCUUGUGGAUUCUAUCGCUCAGUGCUCCAAAGGUCUGAAAGGUGAUACUGGUUGUGUUUAUCUUUCAGCCAUUCAAGUAAUUUUACCUCGCCUAUUGGCGGCUGCUGUACCUGCUGGAGCUACCACACAAGAAAAUCGGAACCAGUGCUUAAAGGUUUUGAAGCUUUGGCUUGAAAGACGGAUCCUGCCUGAAUCUAUUGUUCGUCACCAUAUAAGAGAACUUGAUUCACAUACUAUAGUUCCUGCUUGCCUCUAUUCUCGUCGCUCAGCUCGAACAGAAAGGUCGUUGGAUGAUCCUGUUAGAGAUAUGGAGGAUAUGCUGGUGGAUGAAUAUGGAAGUAAUUCAACUCUCCAGCUCCCUGGAUUUUGCAUGCCCGCAUUGCUUAAGGAUGAGGAGGGAGGGAGUGAGUCGGAGAGAGGGAGUGACUUGGAGGGAGGAAGUGACUUGUGUCCUUGUCAUCUCCACCACUGCCAUCUUCCUCGCCACCACCUCCACCGCCACCACCAGCUCCCCCUUUACAGCAGGCUCAGUGUGCCAUGUCUGAUUCCUACUUAAAUGGAUUUGAAGAUGGAGGAUAUCGCAACAUGCAUGGAGAUCAUCAGGCUGGUCCUCCUAUGAUGAACCCACAACUGUCUGGAAGCAUGAUGCAUUAUCAAGGUCCGGAAUUAUCUUAUAGUUCCGGCGUAGACCAUAUGAAUAGCAUUCCACAGGCGGAUGGUUCUAAUUUCCAGCACAGGCCUUAUCCAUCUCAUCCACAUCCACAUAUUCCUCCUCCUCCACCUCCACCACAACAUCAAUACUCAUUUACAGAGCCGGGCCACCAUAUGAAGUCGCGUAAGGACGCUCCAUCAUACUCCCACAGAUCUCAUUACGUGCCAAAUUUUGAUGAAAGAAAUUUUCAUGAUAACCAUGAGAGAAUGAGGCAUGCACCAUAUGAAAAUCGAGAUAAUUGGAGAUAUCCACCUUCUUCGUCUUAUGGUUCAGGUUCAAGAUAUCAAGACAAACACAAAACCCCUUAUCCAUCCAGUUCAUACGAUUGUGGCCCUCCACGUGAGUCUGGAAGGCUCCAGAACCAGCGGUGGAAUCAUCCUCCUCGCCCAUAUAAUAACAGACACUCUUUUCACCCUAAGCCGCAUUCUGAAGGUCCUGUUCCAGUUGGAAUGAGAGAUCCGGGCAUGUGGCAUCAGAGAAGUGACUAGAAAAACUUGAGAGAGACCGAAACCGGUAAAGAGGACGGUGGUGUGAAGCAAAAAGCAAAAACACUGAGGUGAUGUGGCUCUAAUUUAAAAAGAGAACGGCUAUGUUGUUGUUGAGGUGAAAUAGGGAUAUGAUAAAGAAGUGAGUGUACAUAUGAUAUGAUGUUUCUUUUGGAAUCAGAAUCUCAUGCAAAGCAGGGAGUGGGAUGGUUAAAAAGCCAUUUGCAGUAAUUGAGAGGAGUUUAGUAUUUAUCUGCUCUCCUCUGUUACCCUUACUGUUUUUAUUUUAUUUUAUUUUUGUCAACAAUUUUUUUCUUAUGUGGGGUUUUUUGACCUCUGAGUGUAUGAUGUAUAUUUGAUCUCUUAGAAUAAUAUUUCAGCUGAAUAGUUGCUACAUAUUUUUUAUGAAGUGCAUGAUUGGGUAGA